GGUCGCCUGGCCGCGUCGCAUUCCAAUAUGGCUGACGGUUCGGAAUGUGGUGGGUUCUGUCGCUUGAGUUAGUGCAGUGAAGUUGUGUGAAGUGUUGGAAGCACUAAUGGUUGCACACGUUUAGUAGGAGAAAUGGUGAUGUGGAUGUCAUGUCACAAAGGGAUUUGUCAGAGGUGGAGCCGGAAGGGACGUCGGAGCUGCCGGCAGCAAACAAGGCGCUGUUCCUGGACAAGGUGCGGCAGUCAAAUGCAGCGUGCCAGAGUGGGGACUACGCCACAGCUGUAUCUCUAUAUACAGACGCUCUGCAACUGGACCCAAGCAAUCACAUCCUCUAUUCAAACCGCUCUGCAGCCCUUGUCAAGAUGGGGCAGUUUGCCCAGGCGCUGCAGGAUGCCAUUCGGGCCCGCGAGCUCAACAGCAAGUGGCCCAAGGCAUACUACCGACAAGGGGUUGCUCUGCAAUGCCUGGGUCGUCAUGGCGAUGCCCUUGCUGCAUUCAGCUCGGGGCUAGCGCAGGACCCCAAGAAUGCACAGCUGUUGGCAGGGCUUGUGGAGGCAUCCAUGAAGUCUCCCCUCAGAGGUACAUUAGAGCCAACAUUCAGACAGCUGGAGACCAUGAAACUGGACAAGUCACCAUUUGUGAUAAUCUCAGUGGUGGGACAGGAGUUGCUUGGUGUGGCCCAGUAUGCAGCAGCUGUCAUUGUAUUGGAAGCAGCCCUCAGGAUUGGUACCUGCAGCCUCAAACUCAGAGGUUCUGUAUUCUCAGCCCUGUCAUCAGCGUAUUGGGCACUCAACUCACUAGAUAAGGCUAUAAGCUACAUGCAACAGGACUUGGCAGUUGCAAAGACACUAGGAGACAUUGCAGGAGAGUGCCGGGCACAUGGCAACCUUGGGUCAGCAUACUUCAGUAAGGGAAGUUACAAGGAAGCACUAACAGCUCACCGCUAUCAACUUGUACUUGCUAUGAAGUGCAAAGAUACGCAGGCUGCUGCUGCCGCCCUCACCAGUCUCGGUCAUGUGUACACUGCAGUGGGUGACUACCCCAACGCGCUAGCUUCUCACAAACAGUGUGUGCAGCUGGUGAAACAGAUGGGGGACCGUCUACAGGAGGCAAGAGAGAUCGGUAAUGUGGGGGCUGUAUACCUUGCCAUGGGUGAGUUCGAGAGUGCCGUCGACUGCCACUCGCAACACCUCCGUCUAGCACGCAGGCUUGGCAAUCAGGUGGAGGAGGCUCGUGCAUACAGCAAUCUUGGGUCCUCACAUCAUUACAGACGUAACUUUGCGCAAGCCAUUUCUUACCAUGAAAAUGUUCUGCGGAUUGCGCAGGAACUUGGGGACCAUGCAAUAGAGGCAAGGGCAUACGCAGGACUGGGUCAUGCAGCUCGUUGUGCUGGGGACUAUACCCAGGCGAAGCGAUGGCAUGAGCGCCAACUGGAUAUGGCUUUAGCAUCACGAGACAAGGUGGGCGAGGGUCGAGCUUGUUCGAAUCUUGGCAUUGUGUACCAGCUGCUAGGGGAACAUGAUGCAGCACUCAAAUUGCACCAGGCACAUCUCAGCAUAGCUCGGCAGCUGCAGGACCGUGCAGGCAUGGGGCGUGCCUAUGGUAAUAUUGGAAAUGCUUACAGUGCCAUGGGCUACUAUGAGCAGGCUAUCAAGUACCACAAGCAGGAGCUGACCAUCUCCAAGGAGGUGAAUGACCGCAGCUCAGAAGCAUCAACCCACGGGAAUCUGGCUGUAGCAUAUCAAGCCCUUGGUGCACAUGAGAUGGCCCUCCUUCACUACCGUGCACAUCUGAAUACAGCACGUGAACUAAAGGAUACAGCGGGAGAGGCAUGUGCUCUUCUCAACCUUGGAAACUGCCUGUCUUCCCGCGGUGAAUUCGGCCAGGCAGUUCCUUUCUAUGAGAACUACCUCAUGCUGUCUCAGGAGCUGCAUGAUAUUGAGGGUGAAUCAAAGGCAUGCCACUUCCUGGGAUAUGCGCAUUACUGCCUGGGGAACUUCCGAGAAGCAGUGCGCUACUACGACCAGGAUCUGGCCCUCGCCAAGGACUUGCAGGACAAGAUGAACAUGGGGCGUGCAUACUGCAACCUUGGCCUUGCACAUCUUGCCCUCGGAAACUUGGAGACAGCUCUAGAGUGCCAGAAGUAUUUUCUUGCAAUUGCUCAUAUGAUGAAGCAUCUCCCGGGCAAGUUUCGAGCACUGGGCAACAUUGGGGACGUUCUCAUCAAGAUGGGUAAUGUGGAGGAGGCAGUUAAGAUGUACCAGAGACAAUUAUCAUUUGCACGCCAGGGACGAGAUCGUUCACUUGAGGCAGCUGCUUAUGGGGCCCUGGGUCUGGGACACCGAUUGCUACGCUGUUAUGACAAGGCUCUCGGCUACCACACGCAGGAGUUGAUGCUGCGGCAGGAAAUGGGCGAUCUGAAGGGGGAGUGCCGUGCACAUGGACACUUGGGGGCAGUCCACAUGUCACUUGGUAACUAUACAAAUGCCAUGAAAUGCUAUCAGGAGCAGCUCGAGCGAGCCAAGGAGCUCAAGGACAGUGCUGUGGAAGCUCAAGCUUUUGGAAACCUGGGAAUAGCACGCCUCAACAUGGGGCAUUAUGAGGAUGCUAUUGGCUACUUGGAGCAGCAGUUGGCAACCCUAGAACAGCUCUCCACUUCAACGGCCAUGCUGGAUAAGGGACGAGCAUUUGGCAACUUGGGUGAUUGCUAUGAUGCUCUUGGAGAUUUUGAUGAGGCUGUCAAGUGUCACGAACAGCAUCUUGCUAUAGGUUUGAAGCUGAAAAGUGCACGGGACCAGGAGCGGGCAUACCGUGGCCUAGGGCACUCUCAUCAGUGCCUAGGCAACCUGCAGCAGGCCCUCGUAUGCUUUGAGAAGAGACUUGUUGUGGCUCAUGAGCUCAAUAAUUCCGAGGCCAAAGCGUCUGCAUACGGGGAACUUGGACACAUCCAUAGUACUCUGGGGAAUUCUGAGCAGGCCAUUUCAUGCCUUGAGCAUCAACUGGCAAUAGCAAGGGAACUGAAGGAUAAAGUGGCAGAGGCUGAUGCAGCAUGUGGUCUGGGAGCAGUUUACCAGCAGAUGGGGGAGUACUCAACAGCCCUGCGUUACCAUCAGGCUGAUCUGGACACUGCUGAGGAGCUAGGAUUGGCAGUACUGCAGGGGCGUGCAUGUGGUAAUCUUGGCACUGUCCAUGAGUCUCUUGGUAACUUUGAAGAAGCUGUGAGGUACCAGGAGCAGCAUCUGUCAGUUGCUGCACAGACCAAUGACAAGCUUGCCAAAACAGUGGCAUAUAGCAGUUUGGGUCGCAUCCAUCAUGCUCUAGGGAACACCAGCCAAGCAGUAGCGUACUUACAGCAGGGUCUUCAGAUUGCAGAGCACCUUGGUCGGAGGGAGGAGGAGGCUCGAAUCCGACAUCGCUUAGGAUUGGCAUUGUGGGGCCAUGGCGAUCUAGAUGGAUCGCAGGUGCAGCUAGAGCGAGCUGCCAAUCUUCUGGAGUCAAUUCGCAGAGAGGCAAAGGGCUCCAGUGAUUACAAGCUGUCACUAUUUGACCUACAAACUGCUUCUUACCAGGCCCUGCAGCGAGUGUUAGUUGGCUUGGGACGACAGGAGGAGGCACUGUUGGUGGCUGAACGAGGACGUACCAGGGCAUCUGUUGACCUACUGCUUGAACGGCAAGGCUGUGGAGAGACUGGGUCUGGCAACAGGGUGGAUGACAGCGUGCCAACUUCAGUGGAUCAGCUGGUGGAGAUUGUCAACAGGCAGAAGGCUUCUGUGCUGUACUACAGUCUGGCAGCUGGUUCGCUCUACUCCUGGUUCAUUGUUCCUGCUAGAGGUGUGGUAAGAUUCCAUGAGGUGUCAGUGAGUGAUACAGAAGCAGAGUGUGAGCAGGAGAGUGGCAGUGAGGAAGUGCUCACCACAGCCGGCUCACUUCUAGAGCAUUACAUUCAGAGUGUGCGUGACAGUUUGGGGGUGGAGUUACACACAGCCACUAUGUCUAGGGUCCGCGGAAGUGGUGUGAUGGGGCAGGACACUGGUGGAGCAUGUGACAUGGAUGCAUCAGACACAUGGUCACAGCACCUGGAGGAAAUAGGAGACAGACUGAACCAGCAGGAUGGUGACCGCAUGGGAUUCUUACGCAUGGUUAACCGUAAUCAUGUCCUCAACUGCAGCAACUAUAGCCUUAGCAGCCUGUUCAGUCUUGGCAGUGUGGGGGGCAGCGUGGCAAGUGGCUCAGCUAGUCGUCCCGGCAGCACUCGUUCCAGGCGACCUCCACAUCAGACGUGGCAGGGGCCAUCUUGCCUCGGAUCUCUCUACCAGCUCCUAAUAGCUCCAUUUGAGGAUUGCCUGCCUGCCACCUGCAGCAAGUCUGGAACUGGGACUUUGCCACAUGGGAAAGGCUGUAGCGCACGCCGUGAACUGCUGCUCGUUCUGGAGGGAGAACUCUACCUGGUCCCAUUCCCUAUUCUGAAACCGGGUGGCAGUGGAGACUUGUCUGAGUAUCUCUGUGAACGCUUCAGCUUGCUGGUGGUGCCGUCUCUCAUGUCACUGCGCUCGAACCAACGAUCCACUCGUACCGUAAUGGCAGCUACUAGCAAGACAAACCCUGGUGCUGCUGAGUCAACCAAUAACAUGUCUGCGUUGGUAAUCGGCAAUCCUCUGCUGCCGGGAUCUGUGACGGAACAGUGGGGUUGGGGAGACAUCCCACACGCCGAGCAGGAGGCCGUGAUGGUGGCGGAUAUGCUUCAGGCACAGGCGCUCGUUGCUGCUCAGGCUAGCAAGGAAGCUGUUUUGCGUCAGAUUGGUGAGGCAGAAUGCAUCCAUUUGGCAACCCACAUGUCAUGGAAACUGUCAGCCAUUGUUCUGUCCCCUGGUGGGGACAUAGUAGAGUCUCAGCAUCCAAAAAGAUUUUUCUCAUCAUCAGCAGCUUCAGCAUCAGGUGGGGUGGUGGGACAGACUUCCACAGCCAGUGGGGUUCCACCUGCACCUGACCAGGUACAUGACCAGGGCGAUGAGGAAGGUUCAGAGAGAGUUAAAACAUCUUGUCUGCAGGUCUCUUCCACUAUGGAAAUGCCAUCAUUAUCAGAGUUCCUGCUAACAGCUGCAGAUCUGUUGAACCUGCAUCUGUCUGCUAGGCUUGUUGUCAUCAGCUCCAGUCAUACUCGUGAUCAUCAUGGCUGGGCCACAUCUGAUGGCAUUAUGACUCUGACACGUGCACUGCUGGUUGCAGGAGCACAGUGUGUUUUGGUCUCUCUGUGGCCUGUCCCUGAUAUGGCAACCAAAAUCCUGCUGCGGGCGUUCUACUCUGCACUCCUGCAGGGGUCACGUGUGAGCCGAGCACUCGCAGAGGCCAUGUUGACAGUGCAGCACACUAAACACUUCGCACACCCCGCCAACUGGGCCGGCUUCAUGUUGGUGGGUGCAGAUGUCCGCCUGUCCAACAAGGUGGCACUGAUGGGGCAAGCACUCUGUGAGCUGCUCAAGAAUCCAGAAAAGUGUCGUGAUGCCCUCAGAGUCACCCUUCACUUGGUUGAGAAGUCGCUGCAGAGGAUUCACCGAGGACAGAAGAAUGCCAUGUACACCACACAGAAAAGCAUUGAGAACAAAGUCGGUCAUGUCAGUGGUUGGAAAGAUCUGCUCAUGUCGGUGGGCUUCCGCUUCGAACCAGCAGCCAAUGGGAUCCCUUCAUCUGUGUUCUUCCCACAGAGUGACCCUGAGGAGAGGCUGACACAGUGCAGCGCUAGCCUGCAGGCCUUGCUGGGUCUGUCAGGAACAUCUCUAUAUGCGCUCUCUAAGCUGAUGUCAAAUGUGGAAGUGGCAGAUGACAUCAUUGGAGUAAUUCGGCAGGUGAUUGCUCAGUUCAGCAUGAAGAACUUGGAGACAGAUAGUAUCGAGGUUCCAAUCAGUGUGAAACUCUGGCGUGUUCCAGGUUGCCAUGAGCUGCUUGCUUCCCUUGGAUUUGACCUGAUGGAGGUAGGGCAGGAUGAAGUGACGCUGCGAACUGGGAAGCAAGCCAACCGCCGGAACAUCCAGUUUGUCUUGCAGGCCCUCCUUGCUCUGUUUGAUACACAGGAGGCCCCAAAGAGCCUAAGCCUUGGUUCAUCCAGCUCGCUGGAGAGCCUGACAUCCCUUGAUGGUGACAAUGAUGCAGUGCGUGCCAGGUCACCACCCCUCCUCACUUCUUCCAUGAUGAUUCCCCCACCUCCACUUCCUUUUGUGUCUCCUCGGCCAGCUCCACCUCCGCUACUGCUUCCUGGUCACCGGGGAUCAGGCGGUGCUUUCACCAGCUAUGUGCGGCGGCGUGGGGAGCCAGAUGGGCGAACAGCAUGUGCAGGAGAAACAGGAGGAAACAACAUGGCCAGUACUAAGACACCUGGAGCGGGAAGUGGCAAUACUGCAGCCUCUGCUGUGGGAAAGGUUGUAGGUCGACCUGGUGGUGGUGGGGAGAGUGAUGCAGCUUUCACACCAAGCCCCCCUGUGGUUGCAGCAGACAGUUCACCCUGUGUUGCUACUCUGACACUUACUCACCAAACACGUAUUCGAACCUUGUACAGUGGAAUUGGGGAUGGUACAUUGCCACCAACAGACAACAGUGUUCCUGGCCAAAUUGUACCACCUUUACAUCAUGGUGGAUCAUCAGCAUAUCACCGUCGCCCAGACUCAUCAAGUAGUGCGAGCUCUGCCACUGACUGGGAGGGCAGUGGCCAUGCAACAGUACUGCGACGUACUGGACAGAUACAGUCUCACAUCAAUCACCCACUCCCUCCCCUCCCUCCACCCCGGCAAGCCCCAGCUCCUCCAGUACCACCCCCUGUUGUUGAUUCCUUACAUCCUCUACCCCCUUCUGGGCUGUACAACAUGGUGAGCAACCUGACAGCUACCGGAGGCUUUGAGUCCCAGAGCUCUGACUCUGACUUUGGUGGCAACUGCCCACCAGUGAAAUCAUCAUACAAGAAUAGUCGAGGUGGUACAGUGGCAACAUUGCAUAAUUCGGCAACUUUGAAGUUGUCCAGUGGAGGCAGCAGUAGCAGCAGUGUUGGUGGUGGCACUACUGGCACAGCCAGUAUUCCGAUGUCUGCUGCGGAUAGGCUGAGUGUUCGAACCGAGCUGUCCAGCCUUGGGGGCACAGGCUGCAGAAAGCCUGUAGCACUGAACCCUAGUGAAGAAGCCAAGGACUCGAGACUGCACUACUUUCCUUCUGACAGUGGAGGUGACGGUGACCUCUCAGCCCCACUGUCAAAGUCGUUUGAUGAGGCUGCAGACGUCAUCUCAUCCAAUAGCCCUAGUGGAGGAGGCUUGGCAUCCAGCAGUAUACAAGAUCAAAUCAUCGCGACACAGUUGCGGCGCCUCAAUCGAGAGCUAACUCCCACCAUAUCCGAUGUGUACCAUGAACGCAGUAUUGGGCUAGGUCUUGCCCCUCCUCUGUCCAAGCUGCUGAUUCCAUCCAGGGGAUUGCAAGGAAACUCCAAGGAUGUGGAUACCUCUGGGAGUGAUGCUCUACUGGACAAAUUGGGUCUGCUUCCAGACGAGAACAGCAAGGCCACAGAUGGCAAGUCUUGGCUCUCAUCCACAGCAUUGCAACAGUUUGGCGGAGAUCUCUCAGCGGCUGAGCUGGAGGGAAAGCAGAGGAGUGGAGGCUCCCCAUGCAGUGAGCUAAGUAGACGUGAUGAGGGAGAUGGACGGUCCAUUGCUGAUUCACAGUGCAGUGCAGGAAGUUACAACAAACCGAUGACAUCCGUGCUGCAGCGAGCAAACUCAGUCUCUGUUAUGUACUUUGCACAGGACUUGAAUGAGACUAAGGGGCAGCAACAAGCACCACGUGUGGUCAGUUUUCUGGAAGAUGUGUCGGCCUUGAACACAGACAGACAGGAUGAUACAAAUGUGAAACCUCCACUGAGGAUUGCCAGCUCUGCACCCGUACCGCCGUGUCCAAGAUCCAGAGCUUCCAAGCAGCCUCCCCCACCUAUACCAAACAGCAGGACUGCCACAUCAGCAGCCCCAACCAAGAAGUUUCCUUCGCAGUGCUGACCAAUCGGUUGCAGACAAGUAUUUGCUUUGGUGAAACCUGAGUACAGCGAGGUAUAAAACGUAAACGGUGUGGUGGGUUUGUGGCCUUUGCUUUCCCCAUUACUGGUCAAGUUUAUGGUUCUGCAUGUUCGGUGUCCUCCACUGUGCCAUUAGUAAUGUUGUGUCAUAUUCCCACGGUGCUAUGAACACAAAAGACAUGUCUUUCAUAUUGUUCUUCUGAGGACCACACAAUUUAUAAUUGUCAUCAGAAGGAGAUCCAUUGGAAUCAUUUUGUGGUGACUGGGAAACUAUCCUAUAGACAGUGAAACUGCUAGUUUAUAAAAUCCAGGGGUGGUUAUAAUUGGUUCUGUUUGUAUUCAUAUUAAAAAUUUAUAAAUAACUAGGGCCACAGUGUAGAUGUGAAGAUAAUACUGCAAUGACUCUUAGGAAAACGGGUUGUGAAAUGUGAACUGGACAGUGAUCAGUUGCGGGAUUUUGUGAACAUGCUGAUGAGCAUUAACCCUUUAUAGCAUUGGGUUACUGUAUGUAUCGCCUGCUUUAACACAAUCAUUUGCAUGCCACAUGUUGAUUAGACUGGCUUGGCUUGCAGUAAACUGGCAUAGCUGAAGAGAUCAGCUAAUGAUUAAUCAAUUAGUAUACCAUUUUUGUCUUCUGAUGGCAUCAGGUGUGAUAUGUUAAUGUUUAGAGCAAAGAAUGGGCUUUUUAAGAGCACUACACCUAUUUCAAGGUCAUAUGAGGCAAAUGUCACGGACUUUCCUGUACAACCAACCUCAACAUCUUCAGCUGAUGGUACUACAACAGAGCUUGGCAAUCAGGAGGUUAAAAGCACUGUAUUUUUCACACAUAGUGUGUUUAUGAAUUUCAUAUGAUUUUCAGAAUCAUAUGUGAUUAUUUUCUAUACAACAUUAACCAGUUGGUCACUGUAAUGGAGAUUCAGUGUUUUCUUUGAGGUAGAAACUGAAUUUUUAAAUAUUUAGAUGAGCUUCAUGCUUCAAAGUGUUGAAGUUCCUUAACAUGAAGGAAUUACAUGAUCAAAUGAAUACUCCCAACUUCACGGUGAACACUCUGCAACACUGGGUCAUUCUGUUAUCCCUGUUGUAUUACAUCACAUUACUGCUACACUGUAUAUAAACAUUUCUGAAAGAAAACCAGCCUUGUAGUGGUUGUGUAUUUAAAUGAACAGAUGUUAUUUCCAAGUCUCGCUGUACUCUGGUUCUGCUGCAGUGGAGUUGAGUUCUCAGGUAUUUAAUGUACAUGGAUAUAUUUAUUUUUUUUUAUAUUUGUGGUAUGCUGUGGAAAGGGUUGGUAGCUAUUUUUAUAAUUUUCUGUGUGAAAGUUGUGCCUAUCCAACAGAUGAGUACAGCUUUAUUUGUGGCUUACAGAGAAGUUGUAAAGAACUGUAUUCUAUAAUGUACAUAAGUAUUAUUUUAUUAUUAUAAAUACUUGCAGUUACACAUUCCAAAUACAUUGGCUCCAAGUUACAUCUCAAACAGGACAUUUAUGACAUUCCUUUUUAGCUCUCACUUUGCCUGGCUGCAGUACUGAUACAUGCAACACGAUUUGAAACUUGGAUUACAUUUCAAGAUUACCGGCAUCUGGGCUGUGCUGCCAUACAGUGUGAUAAGGAGGUACUGUCUUCAUCUUCAUGGGAAAGUACAGAAGUGACAUAGGGGGAAGGAGGGGGAAAGAACUGGAACUGAAAGCAGGCUGGUGGGAGAUGAUGGAUCCUAAAAGUGGAAACCCACCUUCAAUGUCUGCUGUUAAUUACAUUUACAUGCCCUACAGGUACAUUAAAUUUAACUACAAUCCAUUAAUUUUAAUGUAUUGGUUAAUUUGGACCCUAUUGUGUCCAAAGACGAGGUCAGCGCGGAGAUAAGAGCAUGAAUAGCAUCUGUAAACAUGUCAUUAUUCCUC